AUGGACAUUAAUUCAACCGUCGGUCCUAGUACACAUAUUAUGUUUUAUAUAGGCAUGAUGGACCAACACAAAAUUGGUACCGGACUUUUGCUGUCCACGAUUUUAUUAUCAUUGGUGUUUACUUACUGUGUGCGCGCUGUCCACGAUUUCAUUAUUGUUGGUUUAAGAUUGAGAUGUGUGGCUGAGAGGAUCCUUUAUAGGGAGGAAUUCCAUGCGAUGGAGAAGGCCACGUAG